GCCGCUGGGUUACUCGGCUCCUUCAGUUUGUGUUAUCACUAAAAAUGGCGAGUUGGUGUGUACGAGCUGUAAGACAGAGUUACUAUGUUGCGGCAUCGCCUUCAUUAAUAAGGGCAUCCCCGCGGCUCCUAUGCACAGCAGCUCAUCAGAAGAGUGGCCAGGGGUCGGAGGAGGACCAGAAGGCUGAGCAGAGCCCUGCAGAGAAGGCCUUGGUCGAGGAGAAGGGUCAGCUGGAGGAGCAGCUUAAAGAGGUCACGGACAAGUACACGCGGUCUCUGGCAGACAUGGAGAACCUCAGGACGAGGAGUCAGAAGAUGGUGGAAGACGCAAAGAAAUAUGGAAUCCAAGGCUUCUGCAAAGACCUGCUGGAGGUGGCGGACAUCUUGGAGAAGGCGACGGAGAGCGUGCCCAAGGAGGAGGUGACCUCUCAGAAGAACCCCCACCUGAAGAACCUGUACGACGGCCUGGUGAUGACGGAGACGCAGGUCCAGAAGGUCUUCGCCAAGCACGGCCUGUUCAAGCUCAACCCCGACGGAGGGCAGAGGUUUGACCCCUAUGAGCACGAGGCAGUUUUUCACGCCCCCGUGGAGGGUAAAGAGCCUGGCACGGUCGCCAUAGUAACCAAGGUGGGCUACAAGCUCCAUGGGCGCACCCUCCGGCCGGCGCUGGUGGGCGUGGCCAAAGCCCCUUAAAAAAUAGAUUCAUUGCGACCGUGAUGUUGUUGCCUGGGCGACGGAUCGCCUUGGGUACAGCAGGCUGGUCAGAGCCCCCUCCCCCAACCACCUAACGUUGCCUCAAAGAGGCAGGAAUCCAACUGGAACUGAUAUCAUUACCAUGGACGACAUCAUCACACAGCCUGUUUUGACUGUGCAUAUCGAUUCUCCACCCUUCUCCGGAAGUGUGCACUUGCUCACUCCCCGUCAUGAAUUGAAAAGCAUUGUUGGUAUAAGCAUUGGCUGGAGGGAGUUUACGUCGUCUUUAAAUCCAUGACAGGGAGUGUGCAAGUGCAGAUAAUUGGGACAGAACCCAUGUAUAUGCCUGGAGCAAAUAUGUUUUAACAGAAAUAACACAUGUAAUGGUAUGUAGAGCACAGAACCAGUUUCAUGCAAGUUCUUUCAGUCAUCGGGGUCAGAUUCCAUUCUUCUCUUUGUCCAGUCAUUGUAAUUAUUGUGUUAUGGAUGGGAGAAUGUAAUGGAUCUCAUUGAUUAUAGAGCAAACUGUUGUCUUCACUAUCAUUGGAGAACUAUCAUAACUCUCGUACAAUUGAAUUUAAAAUAAUGACAUUUUUCCUGUAAGAUGAGCUGUCUUUGGCACAACUUAACCCUGUAUAUUGCUGUUUUAGUAUUGC